AUGCAGGAAGAGCAGCAGUACGAAACGGCCAAGCAGCGCGAAAAGAGGAUCAAGCGAGAGUUGCGCGAGGCGAAGCGCAAGCAGAAGAUCACUGUGUCACAUUACGAAAAGGUUCGCAUCAAGCUGAACGCGCACCAUCCUGAGCUAAGGCAUUUGUGGGAAGACAUGAAAGAGCUGCCGACGCGUACGCCAGUUGCAGGGCCGCAGCCGAAGGGGCUCACAAUCAAGCUCCUGCCUUUCCAGCUUGAGGGUGUCAACUGGCUUGUUGAGCAAGAGAAGAGCGAGUGGAAAGGCGGUAUCUUGGCCGACGAGAUGGGCAUGGGCAAGACCAUCCAGAUGAUCAGUCUCUUCCUCUCCGACUACGAUCAAAAGAAGGGCUCCGCGCUCGUCAUUGCGCCGACAGUCGCGAUCGUUCAAUGGAGGAACGAGAUCGAAAAGUACACGCACGGCAUGAAGGUGCUCAUUUGGCACGGGCAAAACAAGAUGAACAGUGUCAAGGAGCUAAAAAAGUACGAUGUCGUCCUUACAAGCUACCAAACACUAGAACGAGCGUUCAGUAAGCAAGUCAAAGGCUGGCGACGCAAAGGAGAGAUCAUAAAGGAGGACAGCGCGCUACACACGAUCCACUGGCACCGAAUCGUGCUAGACGAAGCACAUAAUAUCAAAGAGCGCGCAACGAACGUUGCGAAGGCGUCUUUUGAGCUCGAAGGCGACUAUCGUUGGUGCCUCUCCGGCACACCGCUGCAGAACCGCGUUGGCGAGCUCUACUCGAUGAUCCGUUUUCUUGGGGGCGAUCCGUUCGCAUACUAUUACUGCCUAAAGUGCGAGUGCAAAUCGCUCCACUGGAACUUCCCGGACCGCCGCAGCUGCGAGGCGUGUGGCCACACGCCAAUGCAUCACACAUGCUUCUGGAACAACGAGAUCCUCAAGCCGAUCCAGCGCGGUGGCAUGGAGGUUGGCGAGGGUAAAGAUGCUUUUGGACGUUUACGCAUCCUGCUCGAGCGCCUGAUGCUACGCCGUACGAAGCUCGAACGCGCGGACGAUAUGGGCCUGCCGCCGCGCACGGUCGAGGUGAGACGCGAUAUGUUCAACGAGGAGGAGGAAGACCUGUACGAGUCGCUGUACAAGGACAUCACACGCAAGUUCUCCACGUACCUUGACCAGGGUACGGUGCUUAACAACUAUAGCAAUAUCUUCACGCUCCUGACGAGGAUGCGCCUCAUGUCCAACCACCCGGAUCUCGUUCUGCGCUCCAACACGGGCCUUCAACAAAACCUCCUGUCGGACGAAGCAGGUGUUGAGAACAGGGUGUGCAAGAUCUGCACUGACGUCGCUGAGGACCCGAUCAUGUCGAAAUGCAAGCACGUCUUCUGUCGCGAAUGCAUGCGCCAGUACCUCGAGACGGACCUUGGAGCUGGUGCUGGUUGUCACGACUGCCCUUACUGCCAUGCUACGCUCUCCAUCGACCUGGAACAGGAGGCGAUUGACGCGCCGGCCGGCCUCUGCUCUGCUAGACAGGGCAUCGUCGGCCGGUUGAACAUGGACAAGUGGCGUUCUUCAACGAAGAUUGAGGCGCUCGUCGAAGAGCUGACCUCGCUGCGCUCAGAGGACAAGACGAUCAAAUCGCUCGUCUUCAGCCAGUUUGUCAAUUUCCUCGACCUCAUCGCUUUCCGUCUGCAGCGCGCCGGCUUCUCUAUUUGCCGCCUGGAGGGGAACAUGUCGCCCGAAGCGCGCGACAAGACCAUCAAGCACUUCAUGAACAACCCGCACGUCACCGUUUUCCUCGUCUCGCUCAAGGCGGGCGGUGUUGCGCUCAACCUGACUGAAGCGUCACGUGUCUUUCUCAUGGAUCCCUGGUGGAACCCCUCGGUUGAAGUGCAAGCCAUGGACCGAAUUCACCGUCUCGGCCAGCAUCGCCCGAUCAUUGUGAAGCGCAUGAUCAUCGAGAACAGCAUCGAGGCUCGUAUCAUCGAGCUACAGAACAAGAAGAGCGCCAUGAUCGAAGCAGCCAUAGGCAAGGAUGAUAGCGCUAUGGGCCGCUUAAGCGUGCGCGACUUGCGCUUCCUUUUUACUCUCUAG